GAUGAGAGACCGCGGAUCACGUGUUCCACUUCUUGGAGUAUGAUUUUUGAAUACCAAGAGAGAGAGAGUGACGUGGUUGUGCCAUCUACUAGACUUGGACAAGGAAUCAAGGAAACUUACCGGCAAAAAUCUGUUCCAGAGCAUUCCAACACUGCCGGACCCCAGUUCUGUUUCCCAAUCUCACUAAAUAGUUUUGAUGCUUGUCAUAGACAUAGUGUUGCUGGUUGUAAUAAGCACUGUUUGCUUCUCGGACUCCUGUCUUCUACUGCUGUUCCUAUAAUAUAUUGGCUAGGUGAGCACAUCGCAGGAUCUGUUCCCUGUCCUAAAACCAUGCCUCUGCUUCAUUAUCGCAGCAUUCCCUGACUCGUUCUGAUCAAAUUUGACGACCACUUGAGCAUAAGUCAACUGUGCAACUUCCUGCUUCUUGUGAAUUUUCUUUUCUUGCUAUAAGUUUUUUUCUUCCAAAAAAAAAGUUCAGAAAAAAGUACUACUAUGUUAAUCGAGCAUUCGAAAUCAGUCAAAAUGUCCAAGGCGCCCCCUAACCUGUCGUCUAGCCUGAUCCUCGUUAGGGAUGCUGAGUUGGAAAAGAGACUAGCUGCAGUGCGAAGUCGGGUGUCGACGACCAUGACCGACCUUAACCAGAGUCAAGACAACAUCACCCUAGCCUUUGAGAAUCAGAAAAAGCUGCCACGCCUUCUGGACGACUUGGAGCAAGUGCAUUUCGACAACGAAAAUACGUUUAAAUUCAUUAUGGUUUAAAACUCUUCUUGUUCUUGUCUUUUCUCUUACAUGAUAGGGCUCUCCAACAGUUAUGGGUUAGUUUAAUGUUGAGAGAGAUAGUUGUUGCGCUUGAGGGCGACGGAGAGGGAGAAUCGUUACUAGGAUAACUCACUUUCGAAAUGGAGGGUGAAUUUACAGUGGCUAGGGUCUGCAAAGCUCGUAGAAAUGAGCUACACUGCGCGCGGGACAUCUACCAGAUGCAGUAGGGCUUUAGUUCUCCAAAUAUGUGUUAUAAGAAUCACAGAGCAGAGCGUUAGUAGGACUUCAUAGUCGUUCCUUGAAGGAUGAUACUGAUGUAGCACUAGUACAUAGCCAAAGUUCGCCCUUUCAUUCUGCAGAUGCAGCGCAUUCACGACAAGCUGUUUGAGAUGGCAAUUUUCGGUACUGGAGAGAACUUCGAUGGAAAUGAAAAUGACGUAAUGGAGGGCGUAGCGUCAACAGGAGAGGUGGGUCUUGCUGGAACCACCCAGACUACUAGUUCGGCAUCAAGCAGUCCUUCAUCAGAGAUUGUAUUGAAUCGUGCAGCCCUCUCGUCUUGUCCAAUCAUCAAGCAAGCAGCUUUGGGUGAGAAAGCUGAGGCUAAGGUCUCAGCAGGUAUUAGAAACGGACCACGUGGGCAAGGCUCUUCGUCAAGUAAAAGUGUAGGCUUUGUUGGUGCUGCGCAAGAGGAGGAUGAAGAACGGAACAGAGGGACCUCUCCUGCAACCAAUGAUGGUCGUGAACAGAUAUGA